UAAAGUGAGUGUUUUCACAUAAUCCGGCUUAAUUCGUAGACAGUGCUCAUUGUAUUCGAAUCUGUUUAAUUCGCGGACGGCCUGUGUGUUUUCCGAUCUAAGAAGUAUAUACAAAAUUAAAUAGGACCAGUGCUGGCUAUCCACAAGGGGCCAAGCGUAAUGGCUAGGAUGAAAUAUAUUAUCGCUUUGUUUGGAAUCCUAUCAUCUGUGUUUUUAACAAUUGCUGUAAAUGCUGAAAUCACUUGCAAUCUAGGAUGUCCGAAAUCUGACAAUGGACUUUUAAAGUACAUACCCGGCAACUCCUAUGACUAUUCCUUCGACAGUAUUUUAACUAUUGGACUGAAUAGCGACGUUCUUAGUGACUCCGAUGAUACCAGUCUUAAAGUAUCCGGAUCUGCAAAAAUUUUUGCGAAAGGAAACUGUGGGUAUACAUUACAGUUAAGUUCCGUUAAGGUAUCUAAUACAAAAGAGUCUGUGGAGAAAAAAAUAUUGAAUAGCAUUCAGAAGCCAGUUCAGUUCACACUGGUCAGUGGAAUUUUGGAGCCACAAAUUUGCUCAGACUCCAACGACUUGGACUACUCAUUGAAUAUUAAGCGUGCAGUUGCGUCAUUGCUCCAAUCAGGAACAGAAGCGGAACAUGAAGUUGACGUAUUCGGAAUGUGCCCUACACAUACAUCAAUAUCGAAAGUGGGUAACGCAAAUAUAAUUACGAAGGCGCGGAACUUAAACAGCUGUUCGCAUCGCGAGCAGAUAAACAGUGGUUUGGUGUCCGGCAAAGUCAACGAGAAAGCUGGCAUUACAUCUAGCCUGCUGCUGCAGGCCAACUAUAUUAAGGAGUCAAAGAUUGUAAACAACCUAAUUGAAAAUGUUCAGCUGACAGAAACAUACAAGUUUAUUGGAAAUACUAAAGGAAACUCUGAUAUCAGUGCAACAGUAAUCACGACAUUGAAACUGAAAAAUCCUAGCGGUACCAAGGCCAACUCACCGGCAACUGGUUCUACUGUCAGAAGCGUAAUAUUCCAGAGACCAGAAACCUAUACGUCCAAAAAUAUUAACGCCCUUAAAACGAUUCUAGCUGAUCUUGUAGAUUCUACUGGCGAGUAUGUAAAAAAAGAAAGCGCAAAAAAGUUUGUUGAGUUUAUAAGGUUGCUACGUCAAUCUGAUAGUGAGACUUUAUUAGAACUGGCUGCAUAUCCACAUCCCAACAAAGUCUUAGCACGCAAGGUAUAUUUGGAUGGAUUAUUUCGUACCAGCACAGCAGAAUCAGCUAGAGUUAUAUUAAAACAGCUUUCCAAAUUUGAUGAGAAGGAGAAAUUACUUGCAAUAUUGUCCUUAAACUUAGUCAAAAGUGUUGACAAAGAGACCCUCAAUCAAGCGGCUGCUCAGCUCUUACCAAACGCCCCUAAAGAGCUAUAUAUAGCUGUGGGUAGUUUAGUUGCUAAAUAUUGUUUAGGAAAUAAUUGUCAAGGACCGGAAGUUGAUGCCAUAUCUAAAAAGUUUUCUGAUGGCCUUAAACACUGUAAGCCAAAUACUAAGCGAGAAGAAGAGCGCAUUGUGUACAUUUUAAAGGGAAUAGGAAAUGCAAAGAGCUUAAGUGGCAAUACGGUUGCUGCUCUAAGUGAGUGCGCUUCCACAGGGCGCUCUAACCGCAUACGUGUCGCAGCUGUGCACGCGUUUUCAUCAGUUAAAUGCGAUGGAACCUUGCAAUCUAAAUCCUUGGAACUUCUUAAGAAUCGUAACGAAGAUUCAGAGUUACGCAUUGAAGCUUAUUUGUCCGUUAUCUCAUGCCCUAACGCUGAGGUUGCUAAUCAAAUUUCGGAAAUAGUGAAUUCCGAAACUGUUAACCAGGUUGGAGGCUUUAUUUUAUCUAAUUUAAAAGCAAUUCGAGACUCUACCGACGUCAACCGUGAGCAGCAAAAGUAUCAUUUAGGUAACAUUAGGGUGACAAAAAAAUUUCCCAUUGACUACAGACGAUACAGUUUCAACAAUGAGGUUUCCUAUAAACUUGAAUCCCUUGGUAUUGGCGCCAGCUAUGAUUAUCAAUUAAUAUAUUCGCAACAUGGAUUCUUGCCGCGAUCAUCUCGUAUUAAUGUAACAACGGAACUUUUCGGCACCAACUACAAUGUAUUUGAGGCAAGCGUACGACAAGAAAAUGUUGAAGAGGUAUUGGAAUACUAUUUGGGACCGAAAGGAUUGGUGAACAAAGAUUUUGACGAAAUUGUUAAACUCAUUGAAGUUGGAAAUAAUGGUGGUGCUGCUGCUGGUGGCCGAGCCCGUCGUUCAAUUGUUGACGACGUUGGUAAAAUUUCGAAAAAGUAUAAGACGUAUGGCAGCAAAAAUGUGCAAGAUCUUAAUUUAGAUGUGUCCUUAAAACUGUUUGGUUCGGAAUUGGCGUUCUUGAGCCUUGGCGACAACAUACCAAGUUCUCUGGAUGACAUUAUCAACUACUUCUCAACUUCUUUCGAAAAAGCAAAACGGGAACUAUCUUCGUUUGAAAAGCAACUUUCCAGUCACCAUUUAUUCCUUGAUACCGACCUUGCAUAUCCAACUAGCAUUGGAGUACCGUUGGAACUUGUAGCCCAAGGCUUUGCAGCUACCAAAAUUGAUCUUGCCGUUAGCCUUGAUAUUAAUGCUAUUCUAGAACAAAACUGGCAAAAGGCUAAGUACAGACUAAAGUUUGUUCCGAGUGUCGAUAUUAAUGCUAACCUUCAGAUAGGCUUUAAUGCACAAGUACUCUCCACUGGACUUCGUGUGGUAUCAUCAGCGCAUUCAGCGACUGGUAGCGAUAUUAUUGUAGCUGUUAUUAAGGAUGGAGAAGGCUUUAACGUUGACCUCGAGCUACCACGCGAAAAACUUGAGCUUAUUAAUUUUAACGUUGAUACCGAACUAUAUGUAGCCGAACAAGACAAACAAAAGGCUAUUGCCCUUAAGGGUAACAAAAAAAAUAAGAAUUCUCAGCCUAGUGAGAUUUGCUUCAAUCAAUUGGAACUUGUUGGAUUAAAUAUUUGUAUUGAGAGUUCAACAAGCUUAGGUGAAGUUCAAGCUGGAAACGGUAAUGUUCCAGAAAGAGGACUUUCUGUUUCGGAGAAAUUUCACUUAUCCAAACCAUUUAGUUUCGCCGUUUACUUAACGACUGAACGCAAAUUUUCGUUCAAAGGAAUUCACACACAGGAAGCUUUUUCCCAAAAAUGGAAAUUAGAUUAUUCCACUCCUGGAUCCAAAGUUUCUCAUGAUACAACAGUUGUCUAUGAGCUCGGAAAUAAGCCUAGGGUAUAUAGUAGAUUAUCCUUUGAUAACUCACAAUGCCACUUUGCAGUGGAAGCUGGAAUAAACAACGACAAAAGUGAAUUGGUUGUAUAUGGUCAAUAUGAACAAGAUAAGGACAUAAAAAAAAGUAAAAUUGGCUUUAGCAAAAGCGGAAAUGAAUACAAACCUUUAAUUGAAAUCCAAGACAAUAAUGGAAUCUCAAACAGCAUAAAUGGGUACCGCGCUGACGGAAAAAUAGUUGUUAAAAAAAACAGUAAUAACAUUGAAAGAUAUUAUUUCGAAAACUUUCAAGUGUCAAAUGCUAAUAACGCCCGCGUAGUACUAAACGGAUGGUCGGAAGUUGGAUCUAAUUCAUUAACUUCUGAGCUUCGAAUUACAUCAGAUCAGCGAACAUUCUUAAUAAAAAAAAAUGUCAAAUUGGAAAAUGGCCUGUAUGAGGCAGGUUUCUACAUAAAUGAUGAACGUUCUCCUGAAAAUAUUUACGGAAGUUCAAUACAUUUGACAAUAGCUGAUCAGUCUUAUGCCAUUAAACUGAACGGUAAAGCAGCAGAUUGGUCCAUUGGCACCGAUGGCGGUUUGGAUUUCCAAAAACAUGGUGAUUCCGAUUCUGUGCGUGCAGGCUCACUUGUGCAAAAUUUUGAAAUUCAAUAUAAAAACAAGCAGGUUGGAGCAUUAAAGAUUAAGUCAAAUUUUGAUAUUAAUAAAUUGGAUCUGGAUGUGGAAAUUUCACGAGAACAAAAAAUUGGCUCCAUAAUCGUUAAAUUCGAAAGCAAUCAGCGACACGCGCAGGAUUAUUCCCUGGAGGCUAAAGCAAAUAUUAACAAGCAGUCUAUAGAUGUUAUAUCUAAGCGUGAUUUUAAUGGAAACGUCUAUGUUAUUGAUAACUCUAUAGUAACAAGUUGGGGAACUUUACUGUCUGCAAAGGGAGAAAUAGGACAACGUUACUCGGCCCAAGACAUUAAUAUUAAUAUUCAAGGCAAUGUUCAAAUAAGCGGCAAGGACAAAGCUACCCAAUGGAUACUUAAAGUAAUCGGCACACCUGACAAAACCAACAGCGAGUUUAGGAUUAGUCGAGACACCGCAGAGCUUGUUAAGCUAACCAGUGAGUCGCAGCAUCCGCAAGACAAAAUAUCCUUGGCUAAGCUUAAUCUUAUUGUCAAAAAUCAGUUAACUGCCAAAGGCGAGUUUCGCGUAGCUAAAAAUGGCAAGGGGGAAUUGACAGCCAGUAUUGAGACUUUGAAGACUGAACCGAAGCACAAAAUAGAAAUGGAAUCUAAAUUCCACAUACAGGCUCCCAAGUACGAUAUUGAUGCUUCGUUAACGCUGGACGGAAACAAGAAAUUGCACUUAAAGUCUGAAAACAAUAUAGAAAAGUUAAAGUUCUCUACUAAAAACAUUGGUGAGGCAAACGACAAAAAAGUUGCUUUCGAGGCUAAUGGAAGUUUAAAAGGCGAAUUGCGAGGAAUAGGGGAAAUACAAGGUACCUUUAUAUUUAAUGCUCCUGAUGGUCGAGUCAUCGCUGGCAGUAUAAAUCGAAAGUUCUCCAUAAAUGCAAAAACUGGCUUAUCCCAAGGCAACAUGGACGCACAACUUAGUGAUACACCAUCUGGCAGUAAUAAAAAACGCUCAAUUACACUAAAGGGAAAGCUUGAUCGGCUUAACACAAAAACUAAAGAAUUUUCUGCAAGCAGUAAUUUAGUAUACACUGCAUUUAAUGGUGAAAAGUCGGAGAUAAGCUUUCAAAUUAAGCAGCAACCAACCGGUGAAGCUAAAAACACAGAUUUUAACUUUAAGGCCUAUGGAAAUCCACUAUCCCAACCUUUUGAGAUCGCACUUGUCUUAGGAAAUUACAGUACAGAGCAUGCCGUGGUUAGUAUCACAAGUAAGUACGGCGAGAUUUUUACAGUAAGUGCAAAUGGAAACUACAACAAUAAGCAAGCAGUUGAAUAUGAGCUCCAGGCUAAUAUUGAAAUUCCUAAAUCCAGCUUGAAGUCUUUAGAAAUAAACAGUCAUGGAAAGGUCUUAAAAUCUUCAAUCGGGAAUGACGACGGUGCCUACAAUAUUGAAUUCGUCCUCGAUUCUAAAACCGGUCUAGGGCAAUAUGCUCGUGUCAACACAGUUUGGAACGGCACGCCAAAUGAUGGGACCUAUGAUUUUGAAGCUCAAACUAACGAUAUGGAGUCUCCAAUGAAGUUCAAUGGUAGAUAUCAUCGGAAACAAACUGGUGAUAUAAAAGAUGGUGAUCUUACCGGUAAGCAAAUGUAUGUACUUAACGCACAGUACGGAAAGCAAUACGUAAAAAUGGAUGCUUCAUUAAGUUAUGGAGCCGAGAAAGUAGACAUAGCAUAUGUUUUAGACUCUAGCUUUGUUUCUGUAAAAGACAUCAAAGUUAAUAUUCGCACCCUUAAAUCUAUCGAUGAUUCGACAUAUGUAGUCAGUGCACAAGUCAAACAGGCAGACAAAUCAUAUGGAUUAGACACAACAUUUUAUCAUUCGGCCCACAAAAAAGGUGUUGAUAUUCGCUUUGAUCUGUUAAAAGAAAAGCCUAUUAUCAUAAAGAGCAUUGCUGAACUCUUAGGAGACCGAAAAGGAAAGGUGACCUUUGAAAUUCUAAACUUGGCCGAUUUGGACAUUAAAAUAAAUAGUGAAGCUUCAUACGUUAGUAUUGAUGACUUUUACAUAAUUGGCAGCUGGAGCUCAAAGAAAUUAAAGCUCGAUGGUUACGAACUUGAGGGACGAGCUCAAAGUAAGAACAUUAAAUUACAACUCAAGAAUGUAAAUGGCGUAAUAUUCUCAGGCUCAGCAUCUUAUGCUCUUAAAAAGGAACUAAACAAAACCAUUAUUGAUGGCCAAGGCCAAGUGCAUUAUCAAGGAAAAUUGCACAAUGGCAAUUUUAAGCUGACCCGACAACAUUUUGAUUUUGGUACGGAUAAGGAAGUUGGCUUUUCGUACACUUUUAUGGGUAAUUUGGGAACCAAAAACGGCCUAGGCACUUUAAAAAUCACGAACAAAGAAUUCAACACCAAGUUUUCCGUUUGUGAAGAAAAGAGACAGUGCACAAAUAUAAUAGUACAAUCAAUUGUGAGCAUUGAUGAACAAAAAAUAGACGCUGUGGAACAUACCACCCUUAUUAUUGUUGACCUGAGAGAACUUGGAUAUCCAUACGAGUUUGAAUUGAAGUCCCAGAAUACGCGCCAAGGUUUUAAGUAUCAGUACCAUUUAGAUAGCUUUAUAAUAACAGGAAAUAAUUUCAAGUACCAAUUUACGGCCAAUAUUCAACCCACGUCGUCCACAAUUAAAUUAACACUUCCGAAGCGUCAAAUAUUGUUUGAAACAACUCAGAAAAUACCAACAGACGGAAGCCUCUUUGGCCACUACGAGCAAACAGCUUCAUUCUUUAUUGAUAAAUUGCAAAGGCCUGACGACGUUGCUCGCUUUACAGCUUUUGUAGAUGUAACGGGCACCGAACGCGUUGCUCUUAACGCCAACGGCCAACUUAAAUUUGAACAUCCAACUAUUCGUCCAUUAAGUAUUUCUGGACGAUUGGAUGGGGACGUGAAUCAACAAAUCGCAAACGCUGAAAUAAUAUUUGAUAUUUUUAAACUGCCGGAACAAAAAGUGGUCGGAAACAGUGAAUUGCGCAACUCCCGUUCCCAAAAUGGUUUCAAUAUUGCAUCUACUACAACUGUUAAGUCAGCUGGGCUUCAGUUUCAGUACCAAAUAAAUAGUAACGCUGCAGUGAAUAUCGAAGCCCAUGAGUACAAUGUUGGCCUGGAAGUAAAUAACGGUGAAUUCGAUGUUAAGGCGAUUUCGUUUUUGAAUAAGGAAAAACUAGAAAUCUCUUUAAGUGAAUCAAAUAAACAUAUCAUUCAUAUAGUCGGAGAAUUCUAUAAGCAAAAACGUUAUGCAAAGUUCAAUACAAAAGUCCAAAUUCUUGAUAAAAAUCCAAUUGAAAUUACAUCAGAGGUUCAACCUAAUUCAGCUAAAAUUGUACUGAAGCGUCAAGAUGAUAUAGAUGGCAAUGUGGAACUUAAACUGGGGAAGGAAUUUAAAAUUGAUGUUUCUGGAAGUGGUAAACAAUUAUUUAAUGGCCGAGUGGCAUUAGAUGCAACAAACUUUUUACAAACAAAUUACGUUAUAAACGAAGAUCAUCUAAAUGUUUUCUGGCAUAAUUUUGAAUCGGAAGUAAACAAAGAUAGUGGAUAUAUUUCUAAAAACAUUAAAGAACGCUUGGAAAAAUCUCUUCAAGAUUCGGAUAAAAUUGUUAAAUUGGCAAAAGAAGCUUGUCCAGAUUUUUCCAAAAUGAAGGGAAAAUUGCUAGAUUAUAAAAACGAUAUUGUUACAGAGCUUAAGGCUGAUCAAUCAAUUGCACCGAUUAUUGAUGGCAUACGCAUUCUAUUUGAAAAAAUAGGAGGUAUUGUUAAUGAUAUAAGCAAGGCAAUAUCAGAAACAUUUGAAAAGGCUCAAAGAUCCGUUAGUGAUAUUUAUGAUAAACUGCAAGUUCUUUGGAAGGAUUCCCUUCUAAAAGCCUGGGAAGAUUUCAUUAUAACUCUGCGUAAACUAAUUGGUACGCUCCAUACAGAGUUUGUCAAGCUUUGUACAAAGACAUUUAAAGAUAUUCUUUCUGCGCUUGAGAAAUAUGGACCAGCUCUGAAGAAUUAUGGAAAAGCUGUUGCUGAAACUGUAAAACCUAUUAACGACGCUGUUCAGGAAAUAAUCAAUAUCGUGGUCAAAACUGCUGAAGGUGCGGCCGAUGAGUUUAAGCAGUAUGUCGCAAGCUUUCCGUCAUUUGAAAGUAUUCGUAAUGAGUUUAAUGACAAAGUUAAAAUUCUGAAUCUUUUUGAAAAGGCAACAGAGUUUAUAAAUAGUCUAUUUGAUCAGUUAAACAUUUUACCACAAACUCCAGAGACUUCAGAGUUUUUACAAAAACUCCACGAUUACUUAGUCGCUAAACUGGAGCAACAACAUAUUGAUGAUGAAAAGAAGAUCGAAGAACUUGGGAAGCUAUUAAUAAAGGCCGUUCGUUCCAUUUUGGUCUCGAUUAGAAACACUUCUCCAGGGUCAUCGGAUCGUGUGAUUGAUUUGCAAUCUUGGAUUGGUUCUCUAACGCAUUCUUUUGACUCAUUGGCUGUACUUCCAAGCCUACUUUCAUUCCGUUUUAGUAUCUUAAACUUUAUAUUAAAUGAGAAUUGGGAUGUCGUUUUCAACAAAAAAUUAUUAUACUCAUGGAUAUUCUUUAAUGACUUUGAACUACGAGGCCAUGUCGUUGAUGGAAAGCAUAUAUUCACUUUCGACGGCCUAAAUUUCGCUUAUCCUGGAAACUGCAAAUAUAUUCUCGCGCAGGACAGUGUUGACAAUAACUUCACAAUAAUUGGCCAGCUUACAAAUGGAAAACUUAAGAGCAUUACGCUUAUAGAUCGGGAGGGUAGCUAUUUCGAAGUAGCCGACAACCUUGCCCUAAAGAUAAAUGGAAACCUAGUUGAAUACCCACAUGAGUUGUCUGGUCUUCACGCAUGGCGCCGAUUUUACACUGUUCACCUAUAUUCUGAAUACGGAGUAAGCAUAGUAUGUACUACAGACCUGAAGGUUUGCCACUUCAACGUAAACGGAUUUUACACAAGCAAAACUAGGGGGCUUCUCGGCAACGGCAACGCUGAACCAUACGAUGACUUCUUGCGAAUUGAUGGUAUCGUAGCAGAUAAUUCGGCAGCCCUAGGCAACGACUAUGGAAUAGGAAAAUGCACAGCAAUUGAUUUUAACAAUGACCAGUUUAAAGCCUCCCAAAGAGAGGAAAUAUGUAGUGAACUGUUCGGUAUUGAAUCAACUUUGGCAUUCAAUUUUAUUACCUUGGAUUCGAGACCAUACCGCAAGGCGUGUGAUAUUGCCCUUGCAAAAGUGGCUGAAAAGGAUAAGGAGGCAACUGCGUGCACGUUUGCUUUAGCUUACGGUUCGGCAGUUAAGCAGAUUCAUAAGUGGGUGCUAUUACCACCGCGUUGCAUUAAGUGCGCUGGACCUGCUGGACAAAACGGCUUUGGAGAUGAGUUUACUGUUAAGUUACCAAACAACAAGGCUGACGUUGUAUUUGUUGUUGAUAUCAAUGUAACACCCGUAGUGCUGUCGAAUCUAAUCGCGCCGGCUAUCAAUGAUAUUCGUGAUUCAUUAAGAAGCCGUGGAUUUUCAGAUGUGCAGGUCGGAGUGGUUGUUUUCGAGGAAUCUAAACGGUAUCCCGCUCUACUCACAAGUGAUAGUGGUAAAAUUAACUAUAAGGGAAACGUUGCUGAUGUCAAGCUGGCUGGAGUAAAGAGCUUCUGCGACAAUUGCGUCGAGCAAAUUAUAACUGAAAAAAGAAUUUUAGAUAUUUAUAAUUCUUUAAAGGAACUGGUAAAAGGAAUUGCACCCCAAGCAGAUGAAAAGGCCUUCCAGUUGGCUUUAGAUUAUCCCUUCCGCGCAGGUGCCGCAAAAAGCAUUAUUGGUGUGCGAAGUGAUGCCUUAGAAUAUAAAAAUUGGUGGAAAUUUGUUAGAGCUGAGUUAACUGGAUCCAUCACUAAGUUCGAUGGUGCACUUCUUCAUCUUAUUGCACCUGUAAAGGGGCUCUCAUUAGAAGGAGGGUUAAGCGAAAAACUAAUUGGCUUCAACUCUCGAUUGGUGGCUACUGUAGAUGGGAAAGAUAGCAAAAAAAGAACUAAAUUGCAAUUUGAUAAUGACAUGGGCAUUGACUUUGUCCUCAAUAACGGAGGCUGGGUGUUUGCCACACAAAACUUUGAAAAGUUAAAAACUUCGGACCAAAAGAAAAUGUUGAACCAGAUUACAUCAUCGGUGGCAGAUACUCUUUUUAAGACCGAAAUCGUCAGUGAGUGUCGCUGUCUUCCGAUACAUGGAUUGCACGGCCAACAUAGGUGCGUUAUUAAGUCAUCAUCAUUUGUUGCGACCAAAAAGCCAAAAGCUGCCUAAAUAGAGCUUUUAUGAUUUAUUGAAUCCCUUCAUCUGUCAGAAAGCAACAACUUGAAAAUUAAUAAAAAUUUAAUAUCA